GCCACAGCAGCAUCAGGGAUCAAUUUAGUUCGAUAGGAGAGGCUCUUGACUACGAAGAUAAUGGUAAAGACAUUUUUCCUCGCGGCAUUGUCUGCGAUGAGUACCCUGGUCCAGGGUCGUCCUGGCCAGGAACGCUUUCUGAGCGAAAGGCAGUCGACCGAUAAACUUGUCUUUGCUCAUUUCAUGAUUGGUAUUGUCAGUGACCGCCACAGCGCAGCCGACUAUGACGCCGACAUGCAACGAGCCAAGUCAUACGGCAUCGAUGCAUUCGCCCUCAAUAUCGGCGUUGACCCCUAUACCGACGAGCAACUAGGCUAUGCAUUCGAUUCCGCAGCAAACAACGGCAUGAAAGUCUUCAUAUCAUUCGACUUCAACUGGUGGAGCACCAGCCAAGCCACUGCCAUCGGUCAAAAGAUUGCACAGUAUGCCAGUAAACCUGCUCAACUCAAAGUUGAUAACAAAGUCUUUGUCUCCUCCUUUGCUGGGGAUGGUGUUGAUAUUGCAACUAUGCGUUCAGCUGCCGGUAUUGACCUGUUUUUUGCUCCUAAUUUCCAUCCUUCGUACGGCACGGAUUUGUCUAAUGUUGAUGGAUUGUUAAAUUGGAUGGCUUGGCCGAAUAAUGGGAACAAUAAGGCGCCAACUUCGGGUUCAAAUGUUACGGUGGAACAAGGUGAUCAAGAAUAUGUCUCGGCUCUUGCUGGGAAGGCUUAUAUUGCUCCUGCCUCGCCUUGGUUCUCGACUCACUUUGGCCCUGAAGUCUCAUACAGCAAAAAUUGGGUUUUCCCUUCUGAUCUUCUUUGGUAUAACCGCUGGAAAGAUCUGUUGACACUAGGGCCCCGGUUCAUUGAAAUUGUUACCUGGAAUGACUACGGUGAAUCUCAUUAUAUCGGACCUCUUGACUCUCCUCACACUGAUGACGGAGCUUCUAAAUGGGUUAAUGAUAUGCCUCAUGAUGGCUGGCUAGAUCUUGCAAAACCAUUCAUUGCAGCUUUCAAAGCCGGCGCCACAGCCGUCGAUAACUACAUCACCAGCGACGAACUCAUUUACUGGUACAGACCGACCCCUAAGGACGUUAACUGUGAUGCUACGGAUACUUGCAUGGAUACUUCAGCCAGCAACUCCAGCGGAAACUACUUCAUUGGCCGCCCUAAUGGAUACGAGACUAUGCAAGAUUCGGUCUUUGUGGUUUCGUUGUUCACGGCUGCUGCUGAGAUUACUGUGUCCUCUGGAGGCAAUACGCAGACUUUCCAGGCUUCGGCUGGUGCGAAUGCGUUCCAGGUUCCUAUGGGUGUGGGCCAACAGACCUUUUCUGUGACAAGAAAUGGUCAGACUGUCUUCCAGGGCACGAGCUUGAAGCAGAUUAUUAAUGGGUGUGUUUGUGGGUUGUAUAACUUUAAUGCCUACGUCGGCACUCUGCCAGCUGGAUUCAAUGACCCUCUACAACCAGAUGGUCUUGCGUCGCUCGUUCAAGGUCUACAUGUUUCAACUUGCGCUGCUACUCCUAGUCUUGGGACUGCACCACCAGUAAUAACGACAACUUCCACCUCAGCUCCUGUAAUCACUACUAGCACUACAACCACAAGUAGCACCAAGACCACCAGCACAACCACCAAGCCUACAACUACAACUACAACCACAACCACAUCAAAAACAUCAACAACAACCCAACCCUCAACAACGGAAGUCUGCAUCGCCGGCACCGGACCAGGAAACUACGUCGGCCUUUGCAGCUUCUGCUGCAACUACGGCUACUGUCCACCGGGACCAUGUACAUGCACUCAAUCCGGUGCUCCUGUACCAACACCACCGGUUACGGGCACCGUGGGUGUGCCGUUAGCGAAUGAAGAUGAUUCGUAUUUGGGGUUGUGCAGUUUUGCUUGUAAUCAUGGGUAUUGUCCGGAUACGGCUUGUAGGGUUGUUUAGUUUUGUAAAUAGGUGUCUUUGAGGGGGUAUCUGCAAGAUAUGACUGAAUGGGUACUACUCGAGAUGAAGCCAGACAGAGUUAAAGUCGUAAUUAAAUUCAAAAGCUGAAAACAUCUGUACAAAGAUAGAGUCUUUUUGAGGCCACCUGAUAGAAGUUUUUAGUUAUCAGGAACGAUCUGUGAUUAACUCAAACGGUCCCUAUGAUCCUUUUCUUUCUUCAAGCUCUUGCAGUAGCACCGCAAAACCGUCUAAGAGAGUUUCUAGCGCCAUUAAAGACUUCACAGGUUUCAACACUUCACAGGUUUCAACACGCUACAGUGAGAAGCGUCGGCGCCGAAUUCCAGUAGUCCUAAGCAACCUCGUAAUUGACAUACA